AUGUCAGGAAAGCUCAAUGCUCAAGUAUCAGGAAAAAAUAGAAACUUGAAUCAACAUUCUACAUAUUCUAAACCAAUGAAGAUGAAACAUCCCAGCAGGUCUAACAACACGAUAGAAGAGAGACAUGUGUCCGAAGAGAGAGAAAAGCAAACAAGUGAAGGUACUAGAAAGUAUAUUAAGUUGAAACGUAAAACAGAUGCUGAUCAAUCUAGUUCUGGAACUCCUAAGAAAUCAAAAACUGAACAUGUUCCCUAUGCUGAUAAACAACUGAAUCCUGGCAAGGGCCUUGGGAAGGUUGUUCCAAAACAAGAGGCUGUAAUACAAUCUGUUAUUGACGCCAUUCAAGCAGAAGCUUUUAAUCCCAAGACUCUUUUUCUGAUUGGCAGCUAUACAAUUGGAAAAGAAAGGCUGUUCUUGGAGGUUGCUCGUUCGCUUCGCAAAAAGGUUUACGUAACUGCAGCAAAAUUACGCCUUUUAAACUGUUUAGAAUUUACUGAGGAGGAUAUGCAGUGGUCUACUUCAAAUGAGCAUGAAAGCAAUAUUCAUGUUGCCCCUAUGUGGACACUCGCAAGCUUCAAAAGAUUGAAGCACAUAUCAAGUCAAUAUGCGAGUCGGUUCAGUCUUAUAGUUGCUUUGUCUCCUACUGGUUGGACAUUUGGCAAAGGUAAAAAGAAGUCUCCUGGAAGAAGGUGGCAGCAGGGUACUGUUAUAAGGUAUGAAGUUCCUUACAGUGAGCAUUCCAGCUUUACAGAACUCAAAGAGUUUGUAAAUUUUGUGUCUCCCAAUAACAUUAUACCAAGUGUGAAUAAUGAUGGACCAGAAUCUGCGGAAGCAAUGGUUUCUCUCCUGUCAACUUGA